AUGAGGAGGAGAAGACAGAGAAUCUCAAGGUUAAGAAGAUUCUAUACGGAAUGUCUUGGAAUGAAGCUACUACGCAAGCGUGAUAUACCGGAAGAGAAGUAUACAAAUGCUUUUCUUGGUUAUGGUCUUGAAGAUUCUCACUUUGUCAUGGAGCUCACUUAUAAACUUAUUAAAGCCAAGGGGGGCAAAGUAACAAGGGAGCCUGGUGCUGUUAAAGGUGGCAAAACUAUAAUCGCAUUCAUGGAAGAUCCUGAUGGUUACAAAUUUGAACUCUUGGAAAGAGGUCCUACACCUGAACCUCUUUGUCAAGUUAGUGUUGGUCAUCUCGACAGGGCCAUUAAAUUCUAUGAGAAGGCUUUUGGAAUGGAACUUCUGCGAACAAGAGACAAUCCAGAGUACAAGGUAACUUGA